CGGUCGCCCAUCGUUCUCUUGAUCUGGUGAUUCGUAGCGGACGCAGAGAUCUGUGAGAUCCACGCACGGAAUUGGUGUGGAUUAAAUGUAGGCACAGAGUGACAGUCGAUCCAAGCCGGGUCGCGACGAUUUUGAGGCAGCGCUGGGCGGAGAUGGGAGUAGUGUAGGCUGUGAUUUAGGGCUCCUGGUGAAGUCCGUUGGAGGAAUCGCAAGGGGCAGAAGGUGAUCCAACGUAGGGGCCUGCCGAUCUGAUGGUGCCCCCGCUUGGGUCUCCGGGAAACCUAGGGCUUUAGUCCGUUCUUGGGUAGAGAACGAGGGAGAGUGGGAGGGUUGAGAUCUUUGCUGCUGAAAGCAUAGAAGAAGAAGCCCCGAGUGGUAGUUGGGCAACUCUCUGAAGUCCGCUAGAUAUUUGCUCGGACCAAGGAAAUGGCUAUGCUAGUUGAUCCUCCAAAUGGAGUGGGAAACCAAGGAAAACAUUACUACUCAAUGUGGCAAACCUUGUUUGAGAUCGAUACAAAGUAUGUUCCCAUCAAGCCCAUUGGCAGAGGAGCAUAUGGGAUUGUGUGCUCAUCAAUCAACCGUGAGACAAACGAAAAAGUUGCUAUCAAAAAAAUUCACAAUGUAUUUGAUAACCGUGUGGAUGCACUUAGAACAUUGCGCGAACUGAAACUCCUUCGACACAUUCGGCAUGAAAAUGUUAUUGCUUUGAAAGAUAUAAUGAUGCCAGCCCACAGGAGAACAUUUAGGGAUGUGUAUCUUGUUUAUGAACUUAUGGAUACCGAUCUGCAUCAGAUUAUCAAAUCAUCACAAGCACUUUCCAAUGACCACUGUCAGUACUUUCUCUUUCAGUUGCUGCGUGGAUUGAAGUAUAUCCACUCUGCGAACAUACUCCACAGAGAUCUGAAACCUGGGAAUCUUCUUGUUAAUGCUAAUUGUGAGCUCAAAAUUUGUGAUUUUGGUCUGGCUCGUACAAGUAGUGGGAAAGGCCAGUUCAUGACCGAGUAUGUCGUUACCCGCUGGUAUCGGGCACCUGAGCUACUUCUCUGCUGUGAUAACUAUGAUACCUCCAUAGAUGUUUGGUCAGUUGGAUGCAUCUUUGCUGAGCUGCUUGGACGAAAGCCCAUCUUCCCAGGCACAGAAUGCCUUAACCAACUUAAACUCAUUGUCAAUAUACUUGGCACCAUGAGUGAUGCUGAUAUUGGCUUCAUUGACAACCCAAAGGCUCGUAAAUAUAUCAAAUCCUUGCCAUACACUCCUGGUGUUCCUCUUGGUAAUCUAUACCCAAUGGCCAAUCCUUUAGCCAUUGAUUUACUGCAGAAGAUGCUUGUUUUUGAUCCAUCCAAGAGGAUUAGUGUCACUGAGGCACUGGAGCACCCUUACAUGUCACCUCUUUAUGACCCCAGUGCCAAUCCCCCAGCUGAGGUUCCUAUCGAUCUUGACAUUGAUGAAAAUCUUGGAGAAGAUUUGAUCAGGGAGAUGAUCUGGAAGGAGAUGCUUUACUAUCAUCCAGAAGCUUCUGCAAACACAUAAGAAUCUGUGCUUAUUAUCAGAGCAAACUCCAGGCUUAUAAUUUAUAAAAGUCCACUAUUAUUUUGUUGUGGCUGUUCUCUUGUUAUGAGAUAUGUUCCAACAGUCUUUCCUGUAAAUAUUAAUGUAUCGUGUGCUAAGUGCAUGUGGUGGGUGGUGUUCCUCAUACUAUAUUAACACUUGUAUGACUUGACUUUGCGAUGCACUGCGAAGUUCAUCAUUCUUGAUGAUCCUAAAGCGCCCACAUUAGAUGUGGUACAUAUAAUUGUUUGGUGGCCA